ACUGCCGUCCGUGUUCUGAGCACCGCCGCGACCUCACUGCCGAGCUUCUCCUCAUCCGCCGACCUCUCCAAACCCUAACCUCAGUGGGUCUCACCGAUUUCUCCACAGCCAAACUCGUCACAGCCAAGCGACAUCUCCACAGCCAAAUUUUGCCAUCCUCAUAUUUCGUGUUUAAGAAAUAUGAGGAUGGCAAAAUUCAAUUCAACAAAAAGGUAGUCAAAAAUCAGAACCAGACAAUUGAAUCGUCGCCGGAAAAUUGCCCAGACGUUAAUUCCGGCGAAUUUCCUCAGUUGGGAUUUCAGCGAGCUUCGCCAAAAUUUAUGGAAACUAGGGACAGUACGAUUACAGCUUCGCCGCUGCGGUGUAAGACUUGCCUUUUCUCUCUCUCUAGACUCUUAGCAAAGGAAACGCAACAACUCCCCCACUUUCAUUGCAUGCUCUGCUCAUCUCCUCCUUGCUGUCCAUCCUCUUUUCUCUCUCUACACAAAUUAUUAUCCAUCUAUCAACAAAGCAACCCAAAAUCACAAGAAUUAAGCAAGAAACAACAUCUCUCAUGGCUGUUGAAGCAUGACAUCUCAACUUCUUUCCUCCUGAACUCAUCACAAACAGAGAUUUUAUCAAAAUAUGUGAGGCAAACACAAAUAUAUAUAAUACCCAGAUUGGUUCCGCAGCUCCUUUCACCGGAACAAUGCCAGAAACAAUCUCACCGGCUUUCCAUCAAUAUUCUCUGGUCUGUGAUACAGUUCCGGCAAAAACGUCGAUGAAGGCUGAUAGUUGACUCAACUACAAUCUUCCUGCUCCAAGGAAGUGUUCCAGAGAUUCAAUGAACACUGGUUGACUAAGAGGGGGGAAAUUUUCGGCGGCUACAAGAGGAGAGAGAAAAGACACACGGGAAAUUUGGUGGCUCAUUCAUGCCGUCCUCUCCACUGUGCUUACUGGAAUCAUUUCGUCAAGCUCGCUGCCAUCGUCGGCCACACCCAGCUCGCAUGCUCAUCGGUAAAUCCUUGUGCCACCGUCCUCUGUCCUCGUCGGCGCCGUUUCUGGGUUGUCGGUAGCACAACGGGAAAUUUGGUUAAAAGCCGUGUUUGGCUUUGUUGCUAAUUAUUAAGGGUAUUCUUGUCCUUUCAUGCUUCUAAGGGCAGUAUGGUCUUUUACAAUAUUCAACAAAUUUUAACGGCCAUUUCUCACCGGAUCUUGGCCCGGGUGAUCUGCAAUUGUUUUUUUGCAUAGUUUAGGGAGUUUUCUGUAAUUUUGAUAA